UACGUCCAGUCUCCCGUUGAUCGUUCGAAACGAGAAGAACAUAGGCACGGAGGCGUGCGAAUGUUUUCACGCGGCAUACGUGCAGACGCGGGCGCGCGAGUGCGCGCGCGAAAAAACACAGCUAAAUACGCCGCGGAAUUGCGCCUAUAUACGCGCACACGGAUGUUCGAAUCUGGUGCCACGUCCGCGUUCCGCGUGUGUGUCGGUGCUAGGUGCUCUCGCGCACGCGCGGCUGUGUGUUGGUGAGAGAGCCGCGAGAGAGAGAGAGAGAGAGAGACAUGCGGAUUGUGCGGUUGUGUGUCGGCGACGCGCCGCUCUCGGUCGGCUCGCGUGAGUCACCAACAGCUGAUGGCUGGCGCCACUCAGCUGGUUGUUACCGGUGCCUUCGCACGAGCCUCGCUAUCUCUGGCUGCCUAUCAGCUGCGAGCAACUAGGAAAACGACCGGAAAGGACGUCUUGUCGAGCUCUAUAAAAAAACCAGAGAGAAAAAGUGCCGUGGUUACGCGACGGCGUCUACGAUGGCGUUGGCGUUCCUUCGAGCCUUCCAACCUGAUCGCCUUGUCGGGUAUAAAUGAAACACGUAGUCGAAACACGCGCCGAGAAGAUUACACGCUUCCGUUUCACUUCAGAUUCCAUGCCCGAUCGAGUAAUUCCCCGGAGUGGAGAUAUUUAGGUAUAUACGUGUAUACGCGACGCGCAAACGUUCUGUCGUAUAACGGAAAAGGUCAAGGUUCAUUGAAAAGAUCUAUCUCUGUUCCACGAUUGCUGGAUGCAACGAUCUGAUGUUACGCCAUUUGUUUGUCGAUAUACGCGUACGCUGAUCUUGCGCGAUUAAUUUUGGUAUUUCGAGUGCUAAGAAUGGAUUUUGAUACGCGAUCGAGAUUACUCUUACAUGUACGAUUUUAUAAUUAAAAAUAUUUUACGUCGUGCAAAUUUUAAUACAUAAUCCGUUCUCUAUCCGUUAAUAUUAUGUUUACGUUUCUACAACAUUUUAUUUAUUUUCAACAUUAUAUAAUUCUCUUUUUACUUUGAGUAUGUGUCAACAACUAUCCUAUU